CGCGCGGGUCCUGUUGUAACAAAAUCCCAUAAGGUCAAGCCGUCCUCCCAUUUGAUUUUCCAUCAAGGACAUGCGUUUUCCUCGUGGUCAGGGCUACUUAUACUUGUUUCUUUGCGCGUUCCCAGCACCUUAGACUUACAGUCACAUCUACCUUGGCAUGGAUAGCUGUUUGACUUGUCGCCUCCGUAAGAAAGGUUGCCCCUGUGAUUCCAUACAGGGGUCCUGUAACGCCUGCGCCCGCCUCCAUCUUGUCUGCGGUGGACAGGGGCUUCCACCUCCGCCUUGGUCAAAGGCCCCCAUACUUAUAACGUUCUAUCGACGCAUCGUUGCCGACCAGCGUCGCUUGAGUCGAAAUCACACACAAUCCCUUUCCACUGUGGCACAACUGGUGAAUUCAGUCAUCACUAGAUUGUACGACGAAUACGGCUAUGAGUAUCAUCUUGCGUAUGGUUCCAAUUUUGACAUCGUUGCAUUUUUCAAUGGCUCCACGGAAGCCGUGGGCAUCCACGAAAUGCGCACGAUCGUUCAAGAUGAGGCGUCUCGUCUCGGAUACUCUUUGGCCGCCAAAAACAGAGCCGCUGAAGGUACUGCAAGGUCUGGAGUCGGAACUACGGACGUUGAGAAGAUUGUGCAUCCUUAUGAACCUCACAACUCCCUUGCUCCCGUCCAAACGUUGCAUAGCACUACCCAGUACCAUCAUGUGCAAUGCGCUCAGAACCUUGUUCGAGAUCAUGACUAUAGCGCACCUGACAAUUUGGUGGCCAAUAGCCAUCCUGCCGCAGGCCACACCCUGCCCAUCAACGCACACCAUGGACUGAUAUUGGCAUGGACUCCCAACAUGGGCAACGUCCAUACCUCCAUUGCAAAUGAAAUAGGAGUGACGCCAUUACAUCAAGUGCCCAUUCUCGUCGGCCCGUCGUCUCGCCAAACGACAAUGGAACAGAUGCCUGACAUCAACCCCGUCCCCGGGGACCAAUUGAGGCAUCAUCAGUAUUUCAACUAAUUUAUGGUUCCAGCCUGGGGAGCCGCCGGACGAUUGGAUCGUGCCGCAGUUGUACUAGGCAUCCAAGUCGAACCGCAUGAAGGGAACGCUCCUGGUUGCAAUGCAUACACGAAUUGUGACUCGCAGCAUUCCCCUUCAUCGUGCGGAGCUUCUCAUCAACACGAUUCUAGUCCUUUUAUCCGAAUGAUUACAUUCUGUUUAGCCUUUGUCUGCCUUUGUCUUCUGAUUGCCUCGUUUGUUGUUGUUGUGAAUCAGACCUUUAUGCGUUUGCGGAAAUUAGUUGAAUUGGGCUGCACCUGUACCUGAUAUGAACGAACAAUGCGAUCUGUCCAAUCCUGGCC